GGGGGAGGGGGAGGGCAACCGCUCUCCGACAAGAGCCAAAGUGGCCGGGGAACCGCCGGAAUUGUCCGUUCAGAACCUGAUGGCACGGUGAGCUUCACAUGACGUUUUCGGUCACUGCUUCCUUUAUACUGGGACCGAUGCCUCAGACUGUGCUCGUGAUCGGAGCUGGGAUCAGUGGUCUUGCAGCUGCCCUCCGCCUUAGCAGUGGUGCCAAUGUUUCGAAGGUCAUCCUUUUGGAAGCAAGUGGACAUAUUGGAGGUUGGUUGCAAACUACACGGACACAAGAAGGGGCAAUCUUUGAGCAUGGACCGAGAGGAGUCAGACCAGCAGGAAUAGUGGGGAGGAACACGCUCCAGAUGGUGUCGGAUCUCGGUUUGGAUAGUGAUGUCCUCCCAGUUACAUACCGCGAUGUGGCUUCCAAGAAUCGCUAUCUCUUUGUUGGGGGAAAGCUCUGCAAGUUACCAUCAAGCUUUAUGUCUGCGUUUGUCACACGGCCUCCGUUCACCCAGCCUAUCAUCAGCAGCUUACUACGGGAACCCUUCAUCCGACGUGGAACGCAUCAGGAUGAAAGUGUUCACAGCUUUGUGACCCGCAGGUUUGGAAAGGAGCUCGCCGAGAUUGCCAUCGACAGCCUGUGCCGUGGGAUCUUUGCUGGGGACAGCAGGGAGCUGAGCGUCCGCUCCUGCUUCCCCCUGCUCUUCCAGGCCGAGCGGACGUUUGGAUCUGUGCUGAUAGGGAUGAUCGCAGGCGGAGGUGGAGCUAGCAAGGGUCCGCGCUUCACCUCCCGGCUGAUCGGCCGAGCCAAGGAGGAGCGAUGGGCACAGUGGUCGCUGAAGCAGGGGAUGCAGACGCUUCCAGAAGCGAUGCAGCAGGAAUUACGGAGCAGAAGAGUGGAGAUUCACAGGAACUCCCCAGUACACAGACUUCAACGGACAUCCGACGGAGGCUGGGAGGUACAAUUUGAUGGAGGGACUCUGAAAGUGGGGCACAUUUUUUCCUCUGUUCCUGCAAAAGUGCUGAGCGGAAUGCUCCCUCCAUCCUGCGCCGCUCUGUGUGAGAGCCUGCGGAAGAUCGGCAGUGUGUCGGUGACUGUGGUGAACCUGGAGUACGAGGGCUUGGUCUUACCCGUCACGGGCUUUGGACACCUCGUCCCCUCAGGAGAGAGCAGUGAAAUCCUUGGUGUUGUUUACGAUUCUUGCAGUUUCCCUCAACAGGAUCGAGCGGGUCCUCCAACCACCAGGUUAACGGUCAUGAUGGGUGGCUCCUGGUUUCAGGAGGCCUUUGGUGACCCAGAGACUGUGGCUCAAGAUGAUCUGCUUCAGCGAGCGACACAAGCAGUGCAGAAUCACCUGGGGAUCACACAGAAACCCCUGAAGACUAUCAUCAAAGUGCAGAAGGACUGUAUCCCACAGUAUACACUGGGGCACUCCAAACAUUUAGACACUAUUUUCGGAUAUAUCGACGAUCGUCAGCUGCCACUGUCCCUGAUCGGAGCCUCGUACCGGGGGGUCUCUGUGAACGACUGCAUCCACGAGGCGCAGAGAGCUGUCGACAGGCUGCGGGGCUGAGUGCAGGAAUCCCGGGGCUCUUUGGGGGGAGCGGGGAAGGGGAAGGGGCAACCCGUUGCUCGGCUGGAGAACUGGACGGAGUGAGUCGCAGGAACACUUUCACCUCGCUCGAUGGCCGGGAUGGGAAAGGGUUGGUGGCGUGUCGGGGAGUGAGCUCUCCCUGUUCGCCGGGAAGGGAGCAGGAACACGGGGGUGGGUGGGGAGGGGCAGUACGUUCAGCGCGGGAGCUGUGGGAUCUUGCUGUGCCGGCGUGUGUGGAUAUUCCCGGGGAUGCUCCCUGUACAAACAUCUCAAUAAAAAACUCUAAACGGA